AGUUGCCCUUCUGCUGUGCAGUCGCUCCUUUCAUUUUCCUUCCCAAUUGCAGAGAUCACCGGUCAAGAUGGUUGUUCGCAUUCGCCUCUCCCGCUUUGGAAACCGGCACCAGCCGUUCUACAACAUUGUUGUAGCCCAGGCACGGUCGGCCCGCGACUCAAAACCUCUUGAAGUCAUCGGUACUUUUAACCCUAUCCCGCAGCGCCCUACGAACUUGUCCGAGCAGGAGGCCCGCACCGCCAAAGCAUACAAGGAGAUUUCGCUCGAUCGAUCUCGAGCCAAGUACUGGAUUGGUGUUGGUGCACAGCCCAGUGAUAGUGUUUGGAAGUUACUAAGCCUCGUACGUUGCCUGCCACUGCACACAAGCAUGUCCGCCAGUAGGAAGGGUUAUGGACCUGGGUAACGACAGUGAUUGACUAAUAAUCGGUAUUUACUACAGGCCGGGAUUGUGAAAGAAAGCAAAAAUGUGCAAAACUGAGGCGUGGAUAUCUGUUGAAUUCGACAUCUGUAUAAUUGCACGGUGCACUCACCUUCGAGCUUCCAUUGCUCGGAUAGGGUGAGGUGAACACUGUCAUUUGGGGGAACGUUGGCGAUGGCUUUUCCGGAGUGGAAAAGUAUCUGUUUUUCUUUUUCAAUAUCAUGCUACUGGCAUUUCUCAUGGCGUUUACUGAGAACUAUUCUCCUGGAAUUGAUUUAUGGGUCGAGCUUUAUGUACAUUAUGUGAGUCGAUUACGUGCUGCCUCUGUGCUUGUGUGAUAUACAAUAUGCAUUUUAUCAGGCCUCUGUCUCCCUCUCUCCCUGUAUA